AUGGGGAAAAAGCACUAUCGGCUCCGAACGCAAACUCUCAGGCGUUUGGUCACCUACGUGGAGAAAGGUGGUGUCCUGGAGACGCACAAAGACGUUCCAGAUGAAAUCCGGGAUGAGCUCUACAUAGAGGAGCAGCAGAGGCAAGAGAAAGAAAAGCGUAAAGGUGGUAACAUUCUUAGGGAUGGAUCGCCGUACCCACCCAUCAACAUCAAUGUUCACUCGUCACAUCCCACUGAACUGGCCACUAGCUCGCGUGAUGCCUCCGCGGGGCUGAGAGAUGUGGGUCCAUUGAAGAUUCCCGGGUUCAAAGACGUAGCUGUUAAAGAAUACGGUGAGUGGCUUGCAUCGAAUGUAACCGAUGAUACCCUCAAAGCUGGAUUUCGACAAGCGUGUCACAUAACGCUGUCAGAUGGCUUUGAACUUGAACACAUUUACAAGGAUCAAAACCCAGAAUUCUUCGUCGGCAAAGGGAUCAAGCCCGGAAUUGCCCGGAGUUUUGUGGAGAAUAUUCGUGACUGGGUUGAAAACGUGAAGAAAGAGAUACCUGUUAUUGAAGUGGUAUAG